ACCCCUCCCCCACAGAAGCCACCUUCCGCGGAAAACGUGGGGUCCCGGCGCAGCCGCUUCUGGCCGCCUCUGCCGCUCCCCCAGCUCGCCAGAGAGCCCGCCCAGGAGGAGGGGCCGACUCCGCCCCACCUCCGCGCUGCCGCCCUCCCCCUUCCCUGACUGUCCUCCAGCCGCGCGCCCCCUUCCUCCUCCCCUCCUCCUCCAUCCUUCCCCCACCCGGUUAGCGCGCCCCUCCCGCUGCGACUGGCUGGAAGGCUCGGCCGCCCCAACCCGAAGAGGAGGCGGGGGCGCUAGCCGCGGCCACCCGAGGCUGCGGAGGGGAACGCGGUUUGAGGCCCCGAGGCGGCCCUGCGUCUCGACCCGGCACUCGGGGGCUGCCUCUGCCUCUGCACCCCCACCCAGGCCCCCAACCCAGGCCCCGGUGCCUGGCCCCACUGCGGGGUGGAGGAGAUGAGCCCCUGUCAACCAGAGUGUGUGUCUUUCUUGCUGGACCUGACUGAGGCUACAGGAGAGAUCACACUGCCAACAUCCUGACAUUUUCCUAUAAAUCUCCUAAAGUUCCAGUCUUGCCACCUCAGACCUAGCCACGGGCCCCCUGAGCCUUCCUGAUCCCGCAGCGGGGCUCACCCACGGCCCCCCAUGAGUGCGCCUGGCUGACCGGCAGGGGGCCGCGGUGGAGCCGGCACACCGCGGGGGCAGCGGGGCCAUGGCCUCGCUGGACCUGCCGUACCGCUGCCCCCGCUGUGGGGAGCACAAGCGCUUCAGGAGCCUGUCGUCGCUGCGAGCGCACCUGGAAUACAGCCACACGUAUGAGACGCUGUACAUUCUCUCCAAGACAAACAGCAUAUGUGACGGCGCCGCAGCAGCCGCUGCCGCUGCCGCUGCGGCCUCGGGAUUCCCCCUGGCGCCCGAGCCCGCCGCCCUGCUGGCCGUGCCCGGCGCCCGGCGUGAGGUCUUCGAGAGCACAUCCUUCCAGGGCAAGGAGCAGGCGGCUGGGCCAGCGCCCGCCGCACCACACCUGCUGCAUCACCACCACCACCACGCGCCCCUCGCCCACUUCCCCGGCGACCUGGUGCAGGCCAGCCUGCCCUGCGAGGAGCUGGCUGAGCCAGGUCUCGUGCCCGCCGCCGCCGCGCGCUACGCGCUGCGCGAGAUCGAGAUCCCCCUGGGGGAGCUGUUCGCCCGCAAGUCUGUAGCGUCCUCGGCAUGCUCUACGCCACCGCCCGGGCCUGGGCCUGGCCCUUGCUCCGGGCCCGCUUCCGCCUCGCCCGCAUCCCCCUCGCCAGCCGAUGUGGCGUACGAGGAGGGCCUGGCACGCCUCAAGAUCCGUGCGCUGGAGAAGCUCGAGGUGGACCGGCGGCUGGAGCGGCUGAGCGAGGAGGUAGAGCAGAAAAUCGCCGGCCAGGUGGGCCGGCUGCAGGCUGAACUGGAGCGCAAGGCUGCGGAGCUGGAGACCGCGCGGCAGGAGAGCGCACGGCUGGGGCGUGAGAAGGAGGAGCUGGAGGAGCGCGCGUCUGAGCUCUCACGCCAGGUGGACGUGAGCGUGGAGCUGCUGGCCUCGCUCAAGCAGGACCUGGUGCACAAGGAGCAGGAGCUGAGCCGCAAGCAGCAGGAGGUGGUGCAGAUUGACCAGUUCCUGAAGGAAACAGCGGCACGGGAGGCAAGUGCCAAGCUGCGACUGCAGCAGUUCAUCGAGGAGCUCCUGGAACGUGCUGACCGAGCUGAGCGCCAGCUGCAGGUCAUCAGCAGCAGCUGUGGCAGCACACCCAGCGCCAGCCUGGGGCGUGGAGGUGGGGGCAGUGGUGCGGGGCCCGGGGCCCGGGGCCCAGGCAGAAUGCGAGAACACCACGCGGGCCCAGCCAUGCCGAGCACAUAUGCGGUGUCCCGGCAUGGCUCCUCUCCCAGCACAGGGGCUUCCAGCCGUGUGCCAGCUGCAUCCCAGAGCUCAGGCUGCUAUGACAGUGACAGUCUGGAGCUGCCCCGGCAAGAGGAGGGGGCCCCUGAGGACAGUGGCCCUGGGGCUUUGGGCUCACGGGCCCAGGCUACCAACGGUGGCUCAGAGCGGUCCCAGCCCCCUCGCAGCUCAGGCCUGCGGCGCCAGGCCAUCCAGAAUUGGCAGCGCAGACCCCGCCGACACAGUACUGAGGGAGAAGAGGGUGAUGUCUCAGACGUGGGCUCCCGAACCACUGAGUCAGAGGCCGAGGGCCCCUCGGAUGUCCCUCGUUCUGGGCCUGCUAUGGCCGGGCCAUUGAGCAGCUGUAGGCUCUCAGCCCGCCCUGAGGGAGGCAGUGGGCGAGGUAGGCGAUCGGAGAGGGGUAGCCCUUCACGCUCCAACGAGGUCAUCAGCCCAGAGAUCCUCAAGAUGCGAGCUGCCCUGUUCUGCAUCUUCACCUACCUGGACACACGCACACUGCUGCAUGCCGCUGAGGUCUGCCGGGACUGGCGCUUCGUGGCCCGCCACCCUGCUGUUUGGACGAGGGUGCUGCUCGAGAAUGCCCGAGUCUGUUCCAAGUUCCUGGCAAUGCUGGCUCAGUGGUGCACCCAGGCCCACUCACUGACACUGCAGAACCUUAAGCCCCGACAGCGGGGCAAGAAGGAGAGCAAGGAGGAAUAUGCCCGCAGUACCCGGGGCUGCCUUGAAGCAGGGCUGGAGUCCUUGCUAAAGGCAGCAGGGGGGAACCUGCUGAUCCUGCGCAUCUCCCACUGUCCCAACAUCCUCACUGACCGUUCACUCUGGCUGGCCAGCUGCUACUGCCGUGCCUUGCAGGCCGUUACCUACAGGAGUGCCACAGACCCUGUGGGCCAUGAGGUCAUUUGGGCCCUGGGCGCAGGCUGCAGAGAGAUUGUCUCCCUCCAGGUGGCACCACUUCACCCCUGCCAGCAGCCUACACGGUUCAGUAACCGCUGCCUGCAGAUGAUUGGUCGCUGUUGGCCCCACCUCCGGGCCCUGGGGGUUGGGGGCGCCGGCUGUGGGGUGCAGGGCCUGGCAUCACUUGCAAGAAACUGCAUGCGGCUGCAGGUCUUGGAGCUGGACCACGUGUCAGAGAUCACCCAGGAGGUGGCAGCUGAGGUCUGCCGAGAAGGCCUGAAGGGACUAGAGAUGCUGGUGCUCACAGCUACCCCUGUCACCCCUAAGGCCCUGCUGCAUUUCAACAGCAUUUGCCGGAACCUCAAGUCCAUUGUGGUACAGAUUGGAAUUGCUGAUUACUUCAAGGAGCCCAGCAGCCCUGAGGCCCAGAAGCUGUUUGAGGAUAUGGUGACAAAACUCCAGGGCCCUGAAAGGAAGGUGGAGAUCCACUCAGGACCUGGGUGUGUCUGUCCUGUCUCACCAACUGCACUCCUAUGGCCCCUGCUCCCUCCGAUCCCAGGACUAGAGGUGUUGCCCUCCCUGUUUCCUGGACAAAGCACAAAGGAAUGCCCUGUUUGGUCUAAGCCUACCCAACUAUCGGAUUCUGGUUGCCUGAAUACAAGACUCUGGGCAGUUUCUCCCAGGGUGAUAACUCACUGGAAUGCCUGAUACCAGCGCUGGGGAAGGAGGGCACCAGUCACAGGCACUAAACAGGAGUGGGGAGAUGUGGUGCUAAAAGGACUGAUGUUAGCCUCUUUACUCAUUCAUUCCCAGAGCACCAGGGAUGAAAGGGAGACAGACUCCUCUCCUGCCAGGUGCAAGUAUGCCUCCCACAGGACUCCCUCCUUCCACAAAACCCACCAAGUUCUCCCUUUAUCUUCUGGGGCUGAAUGAAAGCUAUGUGGGAGUACAUGUUGCCUGCACAAAUGCCAGGUCCCAGCUUCUCCUGUACACCCAUCACUGGACUGGCAGUCUUGUGCACACUGGCCUUCAUGCACAUGAGAACAGGCAACUUCGCAGCGCCCACCCUGAUGCUAUUCAUUUGCUCUCCCUAGGGGGAUAAGUCCUGCUACUGAGUGGGAGCUUUUGCUUGCUAGGGUGCUCCAUUUACUCACUUCCUUGGCAACCACAGACCUAGAGCUCAGGAUGGGGAACUGGGACACAGAGCCUGGCUUAUUUAUAAGCACCUCAUCCCACCUUUACCCACUCAAAGGGAGCCCUUCUUCAUAUCACACCCAAUAGGAUGCAAAAAAAAAAUCUGAGAGGGAAAAUCAAGGGAGGCCCUGAGCAGGGACCCCAAGUCUGUGGAGCAGUCCCAUGGGUGAUGGCCACUGGUGUCCCUACUACUACUAAACCUGCCUUACAGCCCAGCCCUGGCACCUAGUUUGGCUUGAGUACUCCAUGCCUCACUCAGCCUGCUUUCCCACAGCACUGGCAGGAAGCAGUGAUGAACAUACACAAAUCCCUGCAGGAAAUAGACUAAAUCCCCACUCUCAUUGGCCAAGACUACAGAAAGAUCACAGCCACUCAGUUUUCCUCAUCCUAUGAUGCAGAGGUUGAGUCAGGUCCUCAGGAAUUGCUUCAAACAAGAAAAGGAAAAAAAGAGCUUGCCCACUGCCAAACCCUGCUGUUGCAAAGUUUGGCGGUAGUCCUUUGCCUUUGGGUUCUACUUGCCCCUCAGCCCUGGCCUCAAGUAUUUUGAGAUAGGAGGGGAGCUCCCUAGGCCCCAAUCCCUCUAAGGCGCUAAGAUGAAGACCUCUCCAGAAUGACUACUGGUGCCAAAGACCCAGUUCCUGGCAAACUUGGAGUGGAAAUAGAGGUGGUGAGUGGGGUAUGGCCCGAGUGCCCAGAGGAGUUAACUCCCACUGAUGGGAUCUGUCCCCACCUGCUAGUUCUCAAUGAGUGUUAACUUCCCUCUCCCAGGGGCCUGACACCUCUUUUUACCCCUGGUGGCCAUGCUUUCUCACCCAGCCGUGUUCCAGGUCUGCAUCUCUGUAUAUAGUGCUAUGUAUUGUGUGUAUGUAUUUAUUACUGGACAAGUGUGCUCAUCUGCAGCCCUUGCCUGAGGAUAAGGUUUAGGACUGGGUGAAGAUCAAAACACUAGGGCCUUCCUCCCCAACUCCUUGGGACCUUGGCCAAUCUCAAGACUGCCCUGACAAUCAGGCAGGUGCCCCAUUGCAAAGUUAAGCCUCCUCUGCCACCCCAGCAGGGAUCUUGUAUCCAGAGCAGAGGCUGGAGGUGAUCAAGCCUGCCUCAUGGCUAUCACCAGUAGGCCUGGCUGUAGAGGGCACUGCUGGUGGGGACCUCCACAAUUGGCCCCUAGGCCCUACAUUCCCCACAGCCACGCUGCCCUGAGCCUGACCGUGAGAGGAUACUUCCCCCACCCCAAGCACAUCAGGUAGAGGGGUGGAGAAUAGCUUUUGGUUUUACUUUUAUUUCUAAAGUGGUGCCUGUACCUCCAGCCCCCAGGGGGCCUUCCCUGGCCCCACUUCUCUACCCUACCCAGGCAUUGCCAUCCCAGCACUUUGUUCAUUACCCACUGAUGCCCUUUGCCGAAUGUACCUGAGUGUGUAUGUAUUUAAAAAGGACUCAUGGGCAUCACAGAAUUUAUUGCUCUGUAUCCAAUAAAAGAUGGUGAAACUGGUGUAUCUGCCCCAGGAAAGUAGA